CUUCCGCCUCUUUCCUUUCCCGUUUAGCUUCCAACAUGGUGAGUUUUCCAGUGUUUUGUUAGUGAUUAAAUCAUAAAUCAUCUUUUAAAUAAAAAAUGGCUCGUGGACCUAAGAAGCACUUGAAGCGUCUUCAUGCACCAAAAGCAUGGAUGUUGGAUAAAUUAGGAGGUGUGUACGCACCUCGGCCAUCCACUGGACCUCACAAACUUCGUGAGUCCUUACCUUUAGUUAUUUUUCUACGUAACCGUUUGAAAUAUGCUUUGACCAAUACCGAGGUUACGAAGAUUGUUAUGCAGCGUUUAAUCAAAGUUGAUGGAAAAGUACGCACAGAUCCUAACUACCCAUCUGGAUUCAUGGAUGUUGUUUCAAUUGAAAAAACUGGUGAAUUCUUCCGUUUGAUCUAUGAUGUUAAAGGACGUUUUGCCAUUCAUCGUAUUUCAGCUGAAGAAGCUAAGUACAAACUCUGCAAAGUAAAGCGUGUACAAAUGGGACCCAAAAAUAUUCCAUUCUUGACAACACAUGAUGGCCGCACCAUUCGCUACCCAGAUCCUUUAAUCAAAGUAAACGAUACUGUUCAGGUGGAUAUUGCCAGUUCUAAGAUCACAGAUUAUAUUAAGUUUGAUUCAGGAAACUUGUGCAUGAUCACCGGAGGUCGUAACUUGGGGCGUGUCGGUACUGUUGUCAACCGUGAAAGACAUCCAGGAUCUUUUGAUAUUGUACAUAUCAAGGACAGCCAAGGCCACACUUUUGCUACUAGAUUGAAUAACGUUUUCAUCAUUGGUAAAGGCUCUAAGGCAUACGUUUCAUUACCUCGCGGUAAGGGAGUGAAACUCAGUAUUGCAGAAGAACGUGACAAGAGACUUGCUGCAAAAUCUGCACAUUAAUGUGAGAAUUAAAAUAAAUUACUAUAAAAAA